UCUGUUUAAUGAUAGAAAUAGAAUUAUCGUUAUUAUACACAUUCGUUUAAAGUAUAAAUUUUGCAUUAAUGGCUUAAUAACAAGCAACGAAUAUCAUAUAGCUUAAUUGAAAUAAUUAUUAUAUUAAAAUAUGAAAAAAGUUUGUUAUGUGUAACGAAAAUUAUGAUUAUUGCUCAAAUAUCUAUUUACAAUAAUUACUUUUACAUUAAGAUAAGGUGUAAUUUGUGAAGUAUAUGUGUAUAAAUUUAAUAUCGAAUUCGUAAAGCAAAUAUGGUAUCUUCAUGGUAUUAUUUCAUUUUACCGGUAGUAUUACUUAUUGGAUUACUUCGAAAAUGUCGUGAACGUACAUGGGGCAAAUGUAAAAAUACAGACAGUUUACUAGGUCGAGUAUUCAUUGUGACAGGUGCAAACUCCGGAAUUGGUAAAGAAACGGUAAAGGAAUUGGCUAAAAGAAAAGCUACAGUUAUUUUAGCCUGUAGAUAUUUACAAACCGCUCAGAAUGCUAUAUCUGACAUACGUGUUCAAAUAUCUACUGGAAAACUGGUACCAAUGAAAUUAAAUCUGGCAUCAUUUUCAUCCAUCAGAGAAUUUGUUGCAGAAGUAAUAGAAAAUUUUGCGGAGGUUCAUGUGUUAAUUAAUAAUGCUGGAGUAUAUGUUCCUUUUAAAGAACAUGCUUUAACUGAUGAUGGAUUUGAAAUUCAUUUUGGAGUAAAUCAUUUAGGGCACUUCCUACUUACAAAUUUACUUUUGGAACAUUUAAAACGAAAUGGACCAAGCAGAAUUGUUAUUGUGACAUCUAAACUUUUUGAGUCUGGAACAAUUGAUUUUUCGAAUCUAAAUGGCGAAAAAGGUUUGGUAGUCAAAGGACGUAUGAAUCCUGCCUAUUGUAAUUCAAAAUUAGCAAAUACUUAUUUUGGUAUUGAACUUGCAAAACAAACAAAGAAAAGUGGUAUUAAUGUAUAUAUGGUUUGUCCUGGAUUCACUUACACAGGAUUAUUCAGAAAUGUUAAAAGGAGUUGGUUUCACUAUAUUAUUUUUUCGCCUGUUGCUCUGUUAUUUUUACGUACUGCAAAUCAGGGUGCACAAACUGUAUUACAUUGUGCAAUAGAACCUUCCUUAUCUAAUGAAAGUGGUAAUAUUUAUCGUGAUUGUAAACUUUAUGUUUCAAAAAAGAAACUAGACCCUGAUGUAGCACUGCGUUUGUGGGAUAAUACGAUGGCAUUUAUUGAUGCGAAUUCAAUGAUCUGCCGUUAAAGUCAUUUUAUACAUAUGGUACAAGUAUUUGUGAAUUCUUAAGGAGUCAAUUGACAUCUACUAAGCUGCUCGAACCGGCUGGUUUCAACGUCCGAACACGAUGAUGGUUCUUCAAAUUACACAGCACUAGCCUGAAAGUGAUUGGAACAUAAUUUCAACAACAAAUAGAUCAAUUGUGAUGGAUCAGAUCUCAUUCCAUAAUUUCCAUGCGAACUUUUCUCAUGGGAUCACUUGAAGAAGAUAGUUUACAAAAUAAUCCAGAAAUGUCUAUAAAUUAUAGAAAAGGAUUACAAUCGCUUGCAGGAAGAUGACAGAAUAAAUAUUGAAAUAUUUUUAAAAGGAAUCUUUAAAAAAAGAGUGGAUAGAUAUGAUUUUAAACAUUGGUGAAUACAUAAAAAGCAAAUUUUUAAUGAUUAUUGUUGCUGCUUUAAUUAAAUAUUGGUAAGUACAAAUUAACUUCUUUCAUUUAUGCCAUCUUGAAUGAUCCUUCAUUUUUCGUACUUGUUAUAAUAGUGAUAUCCUUUUAAUUGUAGAUUGCACAUAUCUUCUAAGAAACAUAAGAUCAAGGAAGAUAAAGAAGCAUCACAGUAGAAAUAUUGCCUGUCAAUUCGAGAAGAGGAAGUUAAUAAGAAGAAAUUUAUGACAUUAUGCUAAAUAAUCUCAUAUGGUGGGUCAUUGAUAUGAUCUCAAUAAAUGCCAUUGUAUUAUGAUUAAAAAA